AUGUACGGCGGACGCAAGGGCAUCCAGAUGAGCAACAUCCUCGGCGACCCCUUCGCCCUGGCCACGUUGUCCAUUGCCAUGCUUGCCUGGUGCAUCACCUUUGUUGCCUGCAUUAUCGGACGGAUACAACAAACUAACGACUCGCCUUUUCCGACAUUCGCCUGGUGGGGAUGCAUCUACAGUCUGUGCCUGAUCGUCGGAGUAUUUGUCGUUAUUGGAAGCGACUCUGUCCAUACCUACCAUGUCGCUGUCACCGGUUAUCUCGCUGCGGGAAUUGUCCUGGUCUCUUCGGGCGUGAACCUGCUACUGUACUCUGAUAGCGGUGCGCGCGAGGCUGCCUCGGCCGGCUUCAUCCUGCUGGCCAUGGUCAUCGUUAUCUGGACCUUUUACUUCGGAUCCAACCCUUCAUCAACUCCCCGAGCCUUCCUCGACUCGUUCGCCCUUGCCAAGGAGUCGACCACAAUUCACCGAUCCACGAUGAACGGCUACGGUGGUGGCGGCCGCCCCGAGACAUCCAACUCUGUCCAGCCUCCCCAGAUGUACACUUCUGCCCAGCUCAACGGCUUCGAGAACCCCUCCCCCGUCGGUGGCGUCUCCCAAGUUGGAGGCCGCGGCUCCGCAGUCCCUCAGAGCUUCACCAACUCGGUCAUGCAACCCAAGGCGACAAACUCACCCGGAGCCGACGCCGAGGUUGUACCACCCACCGAGUACCCCUACCGGGCAAAGGCCAUCUACAGCUACGAGGCCAACCCCGACGACGCCAACGAGAUCUCCUUCUCCAAGCACGAAAUCCUCGAAGUCUCAGACGUCAGUGGACGGUGGUGGCAAGCGCGCAAGGAGAAUGGCGAGACGGGUAUUGCACCCAGCAACUACCUCAUCCUGUUAUGA